CCAAUUUCAAGAAGCAUAUGGGAAACCUCUGCUGUUGUUUCGACGGACCUGCCUCUACCACACCGCUGCCUCCUCCAGCUGCUAAUACUACUACGGUAACUCGCAGUACCUAUGCCGCGCCUGGCGCCCCUCAGAACUACACCUACGGUGCUCAACCAGUAGAGGAGGUCAAACCUACUGCUGCUGGUGGUCCUCAGCCUGCCCAGCCCCAUCAAGUCGUUUUGCAGGAUGGUCGAGUCGCCGUCCUUGGCUCCGAUGGCCAGUAUUAUCCCAUAGCUCAAAAUCAGCAGCCUACAGCCUCGGUGACCACCACGCAGCCCCCCGUCGUCCAGAACCAUGUGGUAGAAACUCACACUACCACUGUUGUCGACUCGGGAGCCCCUCAACCUUCUGAUGCUGGCCUCGGCACGGCAAUGCUGGCGGGUACGGCUGGGUUACUGGGAGGUAUGAUGGUAGGAAGCGCGAUGGAACAACCCUCUACAACUGUCGUGGUAGAGCAGCCUCCGCUGGUGAUUGAGGACAGUCCUACUACUGUUAUCGAGGAAACUGUGGUCAUUGAUGAUGACGAUGAUUGGUGAUUGAUUUUGACAACGAGGAUCUGAUAAAGUCUCGCAGUAAAGGGAUACACGAGCUAACAGUCCUCGCUUUGAUUACCUUACUCGUGCCACCGAUAGCCACUGUGAGGGUUUAUGGUAGCCUUCGUUACUCUCCUUGUGACGUAUAGGAGGAGCCAGGUCUCUCUGGUGCCGUUUUUCAUCCGUCCUCCGAGCCACUAUAUCUCGCAUAUGUCGCUCACUCCUGGAUGGUGGUUGAUGAGAGUUCAUCAUAAGGUUAAUUAUUCGAGUA